AUGGGCCAGAAAAUCUCAGGGAGCAUAAAGUCUGUGGAUGUGAGGGAGCCCCCUUAUAGACCUGUUAAACGAGAGCUGAGAGGCCCGGAUUUUUGCAAGCCGGCGCGACUGGACAUGCUGUUGGAUAUGCCCCCUGCCAACCUGGAGGUCCAGUAUAAACAUGCUUGGAACAAUGAAGAUCGCUCCUUAAAUAUAUUUGUAAAGGAAGAUGAUAAACUGACUUUCCAUAGACACCCCGUUGCCCAAAGCACAGAUUGCAUCCGGGGCAAAGUCGGCUACACGAGAGGCCUGCACGUCUGGCAAAUCCACUGGCCCACGAGGCAACGGGGAACUCACGCUGUGGUGGGCGUCUCCACGGCCGAAGCUCCGCUGCACUCGGUGGGAUACACGUCGUUGGUGGGUAGCAAUAGUGAAUCGUGGGGCUGGGAUCUGGGACGCAACAAACUCUACCACAAUUGUAAAAACCAGCCUGGGGUCACGUAUCCUGUCUUUUUGGAACCGGAUGAGUCUUUUGUACUCCCAGACUCCUUACUGGUGGUUUUGGAUAUGGAUGAAGGGACGCUUAGCUUCAUGGUAGAUGGACAGUAUCUUGGAGUGGCCUUCAGGGGACUCAAAGGGAAAAAACUUUACCCCAUAGUCAGUGCAGUUUGGGGGCACUGUGAAAUUACAAUGAGAUACAUCAACGGACUUGACCCGGAACCCCUGCCUUUAAUGGACUUGUGCCGAAGAUCAAUUCGUUUUGCUCUUGGCAGAGACCGCCUGCAUGACAUAGAAAUUCUACCUUUGCCUCUGUCUCUGAAAAAUUAUUUACAGUACCAAUAAGAUGUCUAGAACCCUCUGGCCUCACAUUGGACUACAUCAAUGCAAAUGGCAGAAAAUUGUUUACAGCAAAAUACAAAUCUUCGUGAUGGACACUUAAGUGUUAUUUAAUUUUUAAUAUAUAUUUUUUUCCUGAACCAGUGAAAGCAGAUCACUGUGGGGGACUACUAAAGAAUGUGAAAACGUUGAUUUGAUUGAGAUUCGUGUAUUAUCUGUUGCCUGUUGUGUUUACAGUCCUGAAGGCCAUUAUUCUCAUCUGUCGUAUAUUGGUUUAUCUUUGUUGCCUCUGGUAAUGCCAAUAGAAAAUCUGACCUGCAAGAUCCACUGUUAUGCAGGACAGAGCAUUCUUCAAUAAUGCUUUUUUUUUUUUCCUUUCUCUCUCUUACAUGUCACCCCAAUAGAUAAAAAUAAAUUAGCAAAGGAAAAAUCUUGACAGUAACUUUUGAAAAAUAUUUAAUCCUUGCCUUUGUUAUCCAGAGUUGUGGAGAGCUUUGAGUGUUCAGCACUCAACAUAAUCAGGCCUAUAAUAUCUAAAAGUUCUAACAUUUAAAAUAAAGCAGAUUAGUGUCUAGAAGAAGAGUAUGUGAUUUAAAAACACUAGGGGAAAAAAACUGGUAUGUGUGUCAGAAAGAUCAGGUUUUGGACGUGGUAACAGUGAGAUGCAGUCCGUUGUUUUCAAGACCAAAUCUAGUCCCUCCAAAGUUCUGCAGUUUAUAACAAAGUGUUCACUAUCCCAAGAAUUUAGGAUAUUCGUAUUUUAGAAAGCUUGUCACUUUUUUAUUUGAACAAAUUUAUAAUUUUUAUGUGGUAUGAACUCUAAGUACUUGGUUCUCUUUUUAAUGUAUGUGUGGUUAUAAUGUUUAUUUAUCUGUUUAGAGUCUGUGGGGUUCUCAUUUAACUGUUCCCCAUCUUGGGGUGACUGAUUUUGUUUUUUUCCCCAACUCCACCUGAAAUGCAUUAAUUUUUUCAGGCUCAUCCCAUUUUUUAAGAUGCUGCUUUCUAUUUGCAUUUCUUACAUGUUUCAAGUUAUCGCCUGAUCAGUUAUCUAGUUUUUAAACUGGAAGUUGUUGUUACGGCAGGAUGUCAAAUGUUUAGACUGAGCUGCCUCCAGCAUAUUUUAAUGUGAAUUUACUGAUGAAUGAGGAGAAAAUUUCUAAUAAAGUCUACUGUCCAAAAUAAAACUC